AUGCAGGCACUUGCAAAGCAGACUGCCUUUUGCCAGCGGGUCAAGGACACCCAUAGAUUUCUUCUAUUGAAGUGCACGACUGACCCAGCUAUCAAUGCAGAGCACAUCGGCAUGAACAGAGAGAUCCUUCGGCCGCUUGCCAAGGCCUUUGGUCGCUGCAAGGAGAUGGCCACGAAACCGGUUCUGAAGAUAGUGCUUUAUGAAUUUAAAGACAAGAAGGCAGUGACUGUGACAAACAAAGUGGUUGCUUCGACGGCUUCGGUGCUCAAGAAGCUUUCUUUUGCACAAAGCGCUGAGGCAUUCAGAACUGCCAAUCACAAGGCCAGGUCUAGUGACAUGGUACACCGUGCACCUAGCUUCACGAUCCGGUACAACAACAUCGGUAAGAAGCAGCAGAAGAAGUUGGACUUCGAGAAGCCUGAGCUUGACAGAGAAGUCAAGCGAGUUGAGGUUCCCGUGGAGACGGACCUGCCUUCCUUGGAAUCCCAGAUUCAUGGGCUGAAGUACAGGCAGGCAAAGGCAAAGGAUGGGACGGAUUUUGGCGAGGUUCCGAAGGAGGAGCGGGGAAUCCUUAAAAAGGAGAUUCGUCGGUCCAAGCU